AUUUCGUGAUCGUCAUAUCAGAUCAGCUCCUACAAUCUUACUGAUAACGACAUGUUUUCGUGCCGUGUUCUUUGUCUUGGUUUGAUUUUGUCCUCUGUUUUCCUUUCACUGGAGGGUAUCCAAAACUCCUGCAUCAGUGGUUGGGUUAAGAUGAAUCGACGCGUCGUUUGUUUCAAGACCCGAGGUGACCACUUCGGCUCUUUCCAUAACUACGUAAGGUCUGGUUUGGUAGCAGCGAUCAAACUAAAGCACGUUUCUGGCAACAUCGCAUGCACUUUCGGUUCAUCCCACAAUAGUUACUGGGGAUGCGCCAAUAUCGGCAGUAUUUUCAAAGUCAAUGCCUUCAAUGCGGUGGUAACAGAUGAGCUCAACCAAAUCAUCUUUCCAAAGAAACAAUACAUCGGUGGUCCAAGAUACUGGUAUCGAGUUCCCUUCGCUGACACCGCCUCUUCCAAAGAAAUCACCUUUACCGACUUUGCCCAGCCUUUCUACUUCCCCAAGUACAAGCAGAUGAGGAUCUGGUACGGAGAGGAUCUCAUUGGAAGCUCUGAAUCAGACAACCAUGGUCGUGUUUGUGUGAAUGUGUAUGCUAAGUUCAUGUUAUAAGUAAGGACCUCAUGAAAGACCCCCUAGCCAUUGGCUAGUAAGAUAACGAUAAUGCUAAUAAAAGAAAUAUUAACAGUUUUAUAACAAGAAUUAAGAAAGUAAUAUGUAAGCUUAAAACUKGAACAGGACUAUUAAUAAAAGGUUACAACCUGAUC